AUGGGAACACUUAGUAUCCAACCACCAAUGGGUUCAGUACGCAAUCUUACCGAAGUAUUCAUUCUUCUUCGAAAUAAUGCUCUGCAUAGCAAGUUCAUCUUUGCUAAUAAUACUAUAGGUGCGGCUGACGAGAAAAUGUCGUUGGUUGCUUUGGAUGAAGAAACCGAAACAGUUCAUGUCUCGAGUUCCAGCCGUGUACCACCCGAGUGGGUCAAUUACCUUGACGAAACACAAUAUGAACUUACGAGGAUACGAUCACGUUUGAAACAAAUUCGAGAAAUGCAGCAGAAUCACAUGUCGAAACCAAGUUUUGUGGAAGAUUUGGAGGCUCAAAAAGAAAUGGACAAAAGUACAGAUGAAGUCACGGGAAUGUUUUCUCAUUGCCAACGCUUGAUCGGAUUUAUUGAGAAAGCCAAUGUCAUCGAAAGCACACAACAGUCUUUGCUACGUGGAAAUGUAGUUUCAACAUUGCGAUUGACAUUAAGCAAUUUAGCUGGAGACUUUCGUACCAGUCAGGCAAAAUUUUUAAAACAAAUCGAAGCACGUAAAGAAAAGGUAAAUUCAUAUCUUCUCGCAUCCACUGACUGGGUGAAUACCGAAGUCCUUGACGAUGUGCCAAUCGAUGCAUCACGAGAUGGCCUUACUAUGGAACAAAUACAGUUGUUGCUGCAAAAUGCUGAUAUGGUAAAAGAACGUGAACGUGACGUGAUGAGUGUCAGUAAAUCAAUUAUCGAAUUAAAUUCUUUAUUCAAGGAUCUUGCUUCUAUGGUUGUUGAUCAGGGUACGGUUUUGGAUCGAAUUGAUUAUAACGUGGAGCAGGCAGCACUGAAAGUCAACUCAGCCUUAUCAAGUGUCCAACGUGCUGAAAGAUAUCAACGAAGUGAUAAAAAAAUGUACUGCAUACUUGUUUUGUCUGUAGCAGUUAUUGUUUUACUUAUUCUUCUUAUUAUUGUGAAAACAUGAUAUGGCAAUUUUCUUAUAUCUAAAAUUCCCUGUAAAAUGUCUAAACUAUUUCUCUAUAUUGUUGCAAUUUUAGUAUAUAUUCAUCGGAAUGAAC